AUGGCUUCUAUUCUUUACACACUCAAUUUUGCUAUUUGUGUUAUUCUUAUUAUUACUUUAAUAUUAUUAUUAAUUCCUAUUCCCAAUAUUGUUAAAAAACAAAUCCUUAAUUUAAGUCAUUGGAUUAUUAAGAAAAGAAUAUUUUCAAUUACUUUAUUAGUCAUUGUUUUUAUUCUUUUUGUUGAUGCAUUUUCUAGAAUGAAACAUUACGAAGGAAUUAAACAAUCAUUAGCAUUUGAUGCUCCAAUUAAUACACGUAUUUCAACAUAUUCAGAAUUAUUUAGAAGUCAAAGAAAUACUUACAUUACAUUUUUCAAUUUAUUCCUUGUUUUAGUUAAUUGGAGAGUUGGAGCUAUGGUUCGUAAAGUAAUUAAUUAA